GUUCGUAAUCGUGAUUGUGAAUACCUGCGUGCCCAAGCUCAUCAGCCACCCUCGCCUUCGCUUUUAUGUCAGUCAGUCAACAAAGCCUCGCGUCAUACUGUCACAAUCUCGGCAUUCCCAUUCUUGAAUUGCGAGAGAAAAUAAUUUCAGCCUUACACCAAAAUCCUACCAAGUCACUGUAUAUUCAUCCCAUCCCGACUUUCCUUGUCAGUAAAGUCGCGGAAUAUACUGUUUUCUCUCUACUCUAUCUGUUUACCUAUUACAACCAACCGUUGGGCUCAAAUAGCCUCAUUCCCUAGAGUACCCCUCAGCAACCGUGAAAAUGGUUGUCGACACCACAUACUACGAGGCCCUCGGUGUCAAACCCGACGCCACAGAAUUAGAAAUCAAGAAAGCAUACAGGAAAUUAGCUAUUAUCACCCAUCCGGAUAAGAAUCCCGGCGAUGACACCGCUCACGAGAAAUUCCAAGCUAUUGGCGAAGCAUAUCAAGUCCUCAGCGACGAAGAGUUGCGCAAACGAUAUGAUAAAUUCGGAAAGGAUUCUGCGCAACCUGGGGAGGGAUUUGCAGAUCCGGCAGAGUUCUUUGGAACGAUCUUUGGAGGGGAAGCGUUCGUGGAUCUUAUUGGAGAGAUUACUUUGAUGAAGGACUUGACGAAGACUAUGGAUAUUACGAUGCAAGAAGGCGCGGAAGAGGAAGAAGAAUUCCCAGGAACCGAGGCAGCGAAACAGGAGAGUAUGGCCGCAGGAGAGGAAAAGGCUGGACCAUCGGCGACAGAAGCAGAUGGCAAAACUACCCAUGUCCCCUCCGCAUCUGUGUCUGAUACCGCAGACAUUCCUACGCCCGCAUACUCGGAGAAGCCACCAGUUGUUCCCAGCCCGGCUGCAUCGGGAACAUCAACUCCCAGACGUACCACACAAAUUCCUCUCCGUCCAGCUAUUAUGAACCAAACCGAAGAAGAAGCUCAAAUGGCUGCCGCAGGCAUUACAGAAGAGGAGAAAGAGCUGAGGAAGAAAGAGAAGAAGAAGGGUGGUCUCUCCAAGGCCCAGCGUGACGAACUCGCAGCUUAUGAGAGAGAACGUGCUGCAGCUCGCAAAGAGCGAGUCGACACAUUGGCAAAGAAGCUGAUCGAUCGUAUCAGCAUAUGGACAGAGACAGAUAAGGGACCCGAUGUCACCAAGGCUUUCCAAGAGAAGACACGCCUCGAAGUAGAGAACCUCAAGAUGGAAUCUUUCGGUCUGGACAUUCUCCAUGCGAUCGGUCAAACUUAUCUUCAAAAGGCUACCGGACUCCUUAAAUCCCAGAAAUUCUUAGGCAUUGGUGGUUUCUUCUCUAGAUUAAAGGAUAAGGGAACCAUCGCAAAGGAAACCUGGAACACUAUCUCCAGUGCUAUCGAUGCGCAAAUGACCAUGGAGGAAAUGGCCAAGAUGGAAGAGAAGGGUGGCGAAGACUGGACUGACGAGAAGAAAGUCGAAUAUGAGCGUCGCGUUACGGGCAAGAUCCUCACAGCCGCAUGGCGUGGAAGUAAAUUCGAGAUUCAAGGUGUUCUUAGAGAUGUCUGUGAUGAGAUUCUCAACGAUAAGAAAGUUCCCAUGGCGAAAAGACUUGAGCGUGCUCAAGCUCUCGUUAUUUCUGGUGAAAUCUACUCCAAGGCUCAACGUAACCCAGAAGAAGAAGGCGAUUACAUGGCCUUUGAACAAUUAGUCGCCGAGGCAGCUGCAAAGAAAGAAAGCAAGAAAAAGGGAAAGGAUAAGAAAGAACAUGGUCAUCAUCAUCAUCACUCACACGGAGAUGCGCAAGCUGCUGCAGAUGACUUACCUAACGUUCCUAAAGCCUAAAUCCAGGUGAAGAGGUUAGAUAAAUCGGGGGUGAAAUGACAGGGGAGUGGAGGUAGGAGAGAGGCGGGACUUCAGUAGUAGUAUAUUAUACCUAGCUAAGGGACCUCAUAUUACUGCGUUGAUCAAAGAUCAAACGUCUUGAUUAGGAUUGCAGUGUGCCAAGAGCACGAUCUGUGGAUUUGGGCGUGGAAGAGUAGUGAGUAGAUGUCAUGUCUAUGUCAUUCUGGUUAUUUUGCAUAGGGAAUGGAAGGGAAUGAGAAUGAUAGACUUUCAAAUGCUAUAUGAGAUUUC